AUGGAGAUUUCUCGCCGGGCCUCUGUUUUCUUCUUCUCUCUCUGCUUAUUCUUGUCUACUUCUCUCUCGAUCGAGAAUUAUCACCAAGCUUUUCCAAUUGUUGAACCUGAUCCGAAUCACACAAAGCUUCGUCUUAGCAGAGAAGGUUUGGAAGCAAUUAGCAGAAUCACAACUCCAAUUGCAGCUGUUGCGGUGAUUGGCCCAUAUCGUUCUGGAAAAUCAUUUCUUCUCAAUCAACUUCUUUCUCUUUCCUGUUACGAAGGUUUUGGUGUUGGACACAUGCGUGAUACCAAAACAAAAGGUAUUUGGGUGUGGGGAACACCACUAGAGCUGGAUAUUGACGGAGUAAAAACUUCCAUAAUUUACCUCGACACUGAAGGAUUUGAAAGUGUUGGAAAGUCAAAUGUUUAUGAUGAUAGAAUAUUUGCUCUGGCAACGGUUAUGAGCUCCGUGCUUAUCUAUAAUCUGCCUGAAACGGGACAAGAUGUUGCUUUUGAACCGUCAAAGCUUCUGUGGCUUAUCCAGCGUGAUUUUCUGCAGGGAAAAUCGGUAAAGGAAAUGGUGGAUGAAGCUCUCAAACAUGUUCCUAAUGAAGAUGGUCAGGGUAACAAAAAUAUUGACCAGGUUAACCAGAUCCGGGAUUCCUUGGCUAUAAUGGGUGACAACAGUACAGCCUUUAGCUUACCACAGCCCCAUCUCAUGCGGACAAAGCUGUGUGAUUUGAAGGAUGAGGACCUGGAUUCUACCUACGUUGCAAGGCGUGAUCAAUUGAAAAAGCUUGUUGCUAGUAUUCUCCGCCCAAAGCUUGUGCAGGGGAAAGCACUAAAUGGAAAGGAAUUUAUUGCGUUCCUAGAACAAAUAUUGGAUGCGUUAAACAAAGGAGAGAUCCCAUCAACAGGGUCACUAGUUGAGGUUUUCAAUAAAGAUAUUGUUGAGAGAUGUGUGAAGCUGUACAAUGAGAGGAUGGUAAAAUUGCGGCUACCUAUCACUGAAGAAUCUCUCCAAAGAUUCCACGAAACGGCACAUGAUGAAGCCAUUAAAGCAUUUGAUGCACAGCAUUUUGGCAGACAGCAUGCAAAGAAAUCCGUCGAUCAGUUGGAUGAACAAAUGCAGGAGGUAUAUAAGAAUAUUGUUCUGGCAAAUGAAUACCAAUCGUCAAAGCUCUGUGAGGCGCUAUAUACAAAGUGUGAAGAUGACAUGGACCACUUACAGGCUCUCCGACUCCCUUCCAUGGCUAAAUUUAAUGCUGGUUUCGUCUACUGCAACCAAACUUUUGAACAUCAAUGUGUUGGUCCUUCGAAACACAAUUAUGAGCAAAAGUUAACCAAGAUGAUGGGAAAGGCACGGUUAUUGUUCAUCAAAGAAUACAAUAACCGCCUGUUCAACUGGCUGGUUGCGUUCGCUCUCGUCAUGGUUGUUGUUGGAAGGUUCAUUAUAAAAUUCAUUUUACUAGAAAUGGCGGCAUGGAUACUUUUCAUCUUCUUGGAGACAUACACAAGGAUGUUCUGGACAGCAGAAUCUCUUUAUUACAACCCCGUCUGGCAUUUCAUCGUUGGGACCUGGGAAACUCUCGUGUACAGUCCCGUUCUCGACUUGGACAGAUGGGCAAUACCUAUAGUCUGUAUUAUUGCAUUGUGUGUGCUUUAUUGGCGGUGUUAUGGAAGGAAGAAACACGGGUAUAGUUGGCUUCUUCCGAUGUACAACAACCAGAAGAAUGGUCGGAACAGGGAACGGUCAGAGUGA